ACACCGCUUUUUCUUCUUUCUAUCGUCACCCAACAGUUUCUUUUUCACCGCUCAAACACAUACACACACCUCACCACCUCCUCAUUAUUCCAGCAUCAUUUUCAGUCUUAUUUCGCUUCUAUUCAAUUAUGGCUUCAAAAUUGAAAAAAAAGUCUUCAGAACCUGAACAAUCAUCUGAUCCACGAUCAUCUUCGGGUAAAGAGGAUGGCGAUGAUUUUCCAACAACGCCAAAUAUUGCCGCGAAAAUUGCACAACGCCGUCUACCGCGUCGAACUCCGACUUCUCAUGUGAAAGGGGUCACUGCAGAGCUGAUGAGACGACGUUUGAGCAAGACAAGUGAGGAGGAGCCGGGAGGAAAUAAUAAUAUAACGAGCCGGUUCACAUUCAAAACCAGCAUUGACGAGUCGAAAGAAGAACCAAGUGGAAACAUUGCUGGAAGACUUCCACCAAAGACUCCAUACAAAAGUUCUAUCGCUGGAAAAUCACCAAUUAACACUUCUAAACCAUUGUAAAUAUCAUUUCGUUUCAUUUUUCAAUGCCCUGAAAUUUUUCGUAUCACACAAAUAUUUGUUCAAUGAAUAAUUUCCGGUU